AUGGAACCGGAGAAGAGGAAGCGCAUCACGAAAGCAUGCGACAGCUGCAACCGCCACCGAUCAAAGUGCGAUGGACAGCUUCCGUGUUCGAGAUGUAAGGAUAUUGCCGCCGAAUGCUCGUACGAACGCGUCUCGCGUCGACAUGGGAGAGUCAGCAAGUCGAGGAGAGCCACGACUGCAGGAACUUCGGUAUCUAGCAGGGAGCGCUCAGCACUGCCGAAUGACCGACAGGCCGCCGGUACUGGUCACUUCGAUGUCGUGCCUCCUUCUGAGAACAUGAUGCGGUCCAGUACGGCACACUUGCCAGCCCUUCCGCCGGGCACGCCAUGGUUUACGAACGAUAUCCCAUAUGCUGACGUCUAUGGUGACCAUUCCAUCAACUGGCUGAAUGAGACGUGGGCUCAGAAUCUCGAUCCUGGAAAUGCAAUGUAUGCAAUGUAUCCCACCGCCUUUCAGUCGCUUGAAACGGCGCAUCGAGCAUCGGACCGGGCAUCUACUGUUGAAGAAGCCCUAGGAUCUUCAUCGGCUCAGCAGCAGACGCUCAAGUACCCUGUCCUGGCUCCCUUGAUGCCGUUCGUAAGCCGGCAUAUCUCGACUUCAAUGGCGUGCCAUUUACUGGAGUCCUACGUUGAAGAUGUCGCAGAAGGUGUGCAUUCGCCGUCUUCACCGCUACUGCUAGCGCACAUCUUCAGAAGGGACACACUUCUCACCCAAGAUCAACCUCGCAGUUGCACGCCAGCACUCCUCGCCAGCAUGCUGUUAGUUGCGGCUCAUACUACGGAGUACCCCUUCUUCGGUGGAGCCCCGGCAGCUAGGGACCGCCUACAGAGGAAUCUACUCCGUCUUUCUCUGGCUCUAAUGGAUAGAUCUUCCGAGGCUGGACAACGGCGGGCUGCUGAUCUUCGAACGGACAAGCACGAUAUCAGCGAAGCUAAUCAGUCAGCUUCCGUCACCAGCCCAAGUCCAUCAAGUUACAAGAGGCCGAGGACCGCAUACAUCGAUGAUACCGCAACCUACAUGCACGUCGCUCUGGUAACAAUGACGACGGAAACAAAGCCUCCAGGUUUGCAUUUCUUCAGAAUAGCAUUUCAACUCGCUAAAGAGUAUCGGUUGAAUCGGGAUCCCGGAGCACCAGCAGCGGCAGCAAGAUAUGGUGGUAAUGAAGCUGUCCCCAAGACAGAGAUGAACGGGACCCAGGAUGGUGACCGACACAAUGAAUUGGACGACGAAGACGACACGAGUGGUGCUGCGUCCCCCAUGAGCGUCAGCGACGAUGCCGUCGUGGAACACAGCAGCGACCAUUGGACCGUUGAAGCAACAGCAGAGGAAGGCGAAGAGCGCAGGCGCCUCUGGUGGAGCCUUUAUGUCUGGGAUCGUCAUCUUGCGAUUAGAUACAACAGUCCUCUGUCAAUCAAGGACAGCGAGUCGCAGGACGUACACCUACCGAUUCCUGACACCACCUGGCAGACCUGUAGCAGCCCUUCAUCACGACCUGAUCUGAAUGGUAAUCUGGGACCCCGAGGUCCGCCUUUGACAGUCACAGGCAAUGGUAUUUUCGAUGUUCUUGUGCCGUUGAUGUGCAUUCUUGGGCAGAUCAUAGACAUGCAUCAUGUUGCCUACCACCCGCGCGUCGAGCGCAGCUCUUCCAACCUCGUUGCAGAUGCCUACACAACAGCCAUCACCCAACAACUGAACGAACUGGCGCCCUCCAUCGCAGCCUUGGAAAGAAGCCUUCCAACGUUCACAGCGACUGGGUCGGCACAAAGCCACGAAGCUGUGCAACACAACCGCCUUUUGAGCUGCCAUGCUCGCUUCCUGCUCCAUCUGCUGCACUCUCUGCUCGGUGUGUCCUGGGACAAACUGACGCUAGUCGAACGCAGUCACGACUGGAUGCAGACGCAACGGUUCCCGGAAACGUUUCAGAGAUCCCUGGUGGCUGCUGAUUGCGUGAAUGAUAUGAUGAAAAUAAUGCCGGAUUUGGGGUACAAAGCAAUGUUCUUCGGCAUAUUCCUCUACCACGGAGUCACGCUCCCCUGGGCCGUGACAGUUGUAACAGCCAGCCGCCGUGGAGUCCCCGAUGCCAAGGUGGUCGGAGCGCUUGAAGUAUAUGUGCGUGCUUUCGAGGCGUCGAAUUGCACUCAUCAAGCUGAAUACUUGCGGAAGAUGCGGAAGUUGGUCUUGUUGACGCUCAAAGAAGUGCAGUCUGGGACGCCGUUGUCAAAGACUGAACAGCAUUUGCGGAAACAUAUUUUGAAGCUAUACCGAUGGAGUGGGGAUGGUACUGGUCUUGGGCUUUGA